GAAGAUUAAAAAGAACUGGAGGGGUUGAAUAUCCUGUGACGCAUUUGAAAAAGGCUUAAGGGACUUGACUAUCACUCUGAUGCCCAGGCUAGAGUCCAGUAGCAUCAUCAUAGGUCACUGCAACCUCAAACUCCUGAGUUCGAGCAAUCCUCCUGCCUCACUCUCCUAAGUAGGUGGGAGUACAGGUGCAUACCACCACACCGCUAUAUUUUAUAGAGACAAGUUCUCACUUGUUCUCACAGGUUGCUCAGGCUGGUCUCAAAUUCCUGGCUGUAAGCAAUCUUCCCACUUUGGCCUUCCAAAGUGCUAGAAUUACAGGUCUGAAUGCCAUGGCCCAUCCCUGUUUUGUUUUUGUUUUUUAAAGUUUUGUCUUCUGUACUGCAAGCACCUGAAAGGCUUAGGUCUAUUUUUAAAAUCAUUGUAGGAGUGUAUUUAAGAAUAUGAUAGAUACUCAAUAAAUGUUUAUCAAAAUUGUAUUUUGUAUGUAUAUUUAUGUGUACAUGUAUAUGGUUUAUAUAUUUACAUAUAUAUGGUAUCCUAACACAUGUACAGACACAUUAUAGGUAAAUAUUUAUAUGCUUUAUUGGUUUUGAAAAGUUGUGCACACAAAAUAUUAACAGACCUAUGAACUGGCCUCAAUUCAAAGAUAAUUUUAGCUCAGUUCUUUUUAGAAGACUGAAUUUACAUAUCAUUUUGACAUUUUAUCUGACCUUGUCUCUGUCUUCUAGAUUGUAUUAGGAUCACAGUUUUCUUAAUGAGAAAAAUAUGGUCGACUGAGUUUGACUUCUGUGUAAAUCAGCAUCCACUUUAAUUGAGAAUCAGUUUUUACUUAUUAAAAAACCCUCAGAUCAAAAAUUAUAAUUAUAUCAUAUAAAUUACUAAAAGAUGUAGGAAACUGAAGUUAAGAAUUGAUGUAUUUUUAUUUGAACAUGAUAAAAUGUGAGUGAGACUGAAAAACUGAACCAUUUGCUCCAACCUAAAGAAAGGGUUUUAAUGAUUGGCAGGGGAUGUGAAUAAUUCUUUUCUAAGCUUCACAUAGUCUUCUUAUCUUCCUUUUUUAGUUUCCUUGUAAAUUUAAGUUUUGAGAAUUGGUGGGACGUGGGAAGGUUUUUAAGAAUAUCUACCUAAGGAAAUGUCUUAACAUUGCACAUCUCUCUUUUACAGUAUAUACAGGUAAAUGUUCAUGUUGUGUUUCUAUGUGUUAAUUAGUUUACCUUCAACAUUAAUUUCUGCCUCUGAAGUGGACACACAUGUACCUUAUCUUUUAUAAUGUUACAGGAUUAUUUCUCCACAAACAAAACAUGAAUGAAAAUAAAGAUACUGAUUCAAAAGAAAGUGGAGAAUAUGAAGAUGACUUCGAAAAGGACCUGGAAUGGCUAAUUAACGAAAAAGAAAAAAGUGAUGCCAGUGUAAUAGAGAUGGCUUUUGAGAAAGAAGAGCAUGUUAACCGAGAAUUAAAAGAGAAUGAAAUAGAAGUAGAACACAUCGAACAGCUUUCUGAUCCUGACAAAUCUUUGAAGGAUGAGGCUUCAUUAAGAAGAAAUGACUUCAUUUCUGUACCAAGUAUUCACCCUUUGGAUCCCGUUUCAGAUUCAGAUAGUGAAAACUCUUCCCAGGAAUCCAAACUAGAAAGCCAGAAAGACCUAGAGGAGGAAGAGGAUGAGGAAGUAAGGAGAUAUAUUAUGGAGAAAAUUAUACAAGCUAACAAGCUUCUGCAGAAUCAAGAACCUGUGAAUGAUAGAAGGGAGAGGAAACUCAAGUUCAAGGACAAAUUAGUUGAUCUAGAAGUUCCUCCACUAGAAGACAUUGAUAAUUAUAAAAAUUACUUUGAAAAUGAAAGUAAUAUGUCUGGAAAACUGUCACAGUUGUGUAUUUCCAGUCAAUUUGGACAAGAAAAUGUUCUCCUGUCACUUACAGAUGGAAGCUGUGAAGAAAAUAAGGAUAGGAAGAUACUGGUAGAGAGAGAUGGAAAAUUUGAACUUCUGAAUAUACAAGACAUUGAAAGUCAGGGAUUUUUCCCCCCGAUUAAUAAUGCUAAUAGUACAGAAAAUGAACAGUUGUCACCCAGAUUUUCCAGCUCAUCUGUCAAUGGUGUCAAGAAAGAAGAUUCUGUGGCAAAGAGUCAUGCUGUCACUCACUUAUCAACAGGAGAGCCACACGCUUAUGUUCCUCAGCCACCACUCAACCCCAAAACUCGCCCAAACUCUGCUGCCAACUCAAAUCGAAAUAAAGGGAAUGGGACAUUCAAUUAUAGGACACAUUCUGCAACUGUAUCUCCAGUAACCUCAACAUAUUGUCUUUCUCCUAGACAGAAAGAACUGCAAAAAAAACUAGAACAAAAGAGAGAAAAACUAAAAAGAGAGGAAGAGCAACGGAAAAUAGAAGAAGAAAAAGAAAAGAAAAAAGAGAAUGACAUGGUAUUUAAAGCAUGGUUGCAAAAGAAACGAGAGCAGGUCCUUGAAAUGAAGAGAAUUCAGCGAGCAAAGCAAAUUGAAGAUAGCAGUAGACAGGAAAACAGAGAUCCACAACAAGCUUUUCGAUUAUGGCUUAAAAAAAAGCAUGAAGAACAGAUGAAAGAAAAAAAGACAGAAGAACUCAGAAAGCAGGAGGAAUGCUUAUUCUUUCUUAAAGGAACAGAAGGCCGUGAAAGGGCCUUUAAACAAUGGCUAAGAAGGAAACGAAUAGAAAAAAUUGCAGAGCAACAAGUUGCCAAAGAGAGAGCUAGACAGCUUCGACUAGAAGCUAAGCGUUCUAAACACAACCACAUAUCUAUGUCAGAAGCCAAGUCUUUUCGUUUUACUGACCAUUACUAAAAGUAUCAAUUAAAUACUUCUUUUGGCAGCUGAUGUCAUCAAAAUUUUGGUUAUCAUUUCUCAUGGCCUCUGUGCUUUGUUCUUUAAAUUAUGGAAAAUGGUAUUUAUCUUUUGGUGAUUGUUAACAGUUAAUUUGUUUUUUUAAUGCUAGCACAAAAUAAAUUUCUUCUUUCACA